UCUCUCUCUAUAUCCCGAUCUCUUUUCAUCCACUCGCUUCUUCUUUCUUGGACCGCCUCCUCGUUCAUUCCACUACUCCGGUCAUCAAUGGCUGCCCUCCUAUCCCUCUCCGCGGCGACGCCCACGACUCCUCUCCUCCGCUUUCCAUCUCUCCCUUUCAAGGGAAGCAUAAAGACUCUACUUCCCUCGGUAUCCUGUCCGAUUUCAUCGUCAAAGUCUCGCCUUGUUCUUCGAACUGGGGGGCAUCCAAUUGCAGUGAUCUGUGCCGCCGAUUCCGCUCCUUCGUCUUCCGGGACCGCAAACCGAUUCCGGCUUGAUAACCUGGGUCCUCAACCAGGAUCAAGGAAGAGAAACAAGAGGAAGGGCAGGGGUAUCGCCGCAGGGCAGGGGAACAGUUGCGGAUUCGGUAUGCGGGGCCAGAAGUCGCGGUCGGGGCCAGGCGUCCGUAAGGGUUUCGAAGGAGGGCAAAUGCCACUCUACCGGCGCAUUCCUAAGCUUCGUGGUAUCGCUGGAGGCAUGCAUGCUGGUUUACCAAAGUUUGUGCCUGUCAACUUAAAAGACAUUGAAGAUGCUGGAUUUAAUGAAGGUGAUGAAGUUUCGUUGGAAUCCUUGAAAGCAAAGGGCUUGAUUAACCCAUCAGGCAGGGAAAGGCGAUUGCCAUUAAAGGUUCUGGCAGAUGGGGAUUUGUCAGUUAAGGUGAACAUCAAGGCACAGGCCUUCUCGGCCGCUGCCAAAGAAAAGCUUGAAGCUGCUGGUUGCACUCUUACUGUGUUACCAGGUCGGAAGAAGUGGGUAAAACCAUCAGUAGCCAAAAAUCUAGCACGCGCAGAGGAGUACUUUGCCAAGAAGAGAGCAGCAGCUCAAGCUGGUAGCAACGAUGGUGCUUCUGCUUGAGGCGCGCAUGGCUACUUUUGCUGGUCAUACAGCCUUUUUUUCCCCCUGGCACUUUCAAUGUUUGUCACAGAUGAUGUGGAUUAUUCAUCUAAAUUUAUCACACUGCUCAUAUUUCAUCACCAGACGCUGGAGGGCAUGUCCUCUUCGUCUGUUUCAUCGCACA